CAACGACUGAAGCAAAGCAAUAGGUUAUGAUAUAAGUUAUGAGAGACUGUUAUCAUCAAGACCAAUUCGUUUCAAGGCAAACUCUAUUCAUCAGUAAGCCUCGCCAUAAAAUAUACUCGUUACUUUACAAACACAAUACUAGGCUCUUCCAAGUUAUCUUCAUGCCUGCCAACUCUUGUCCUUGAACAACGUCAGUUUCAUUCUACCAUUCAACACUUAGGGUAGAAAAUUGAAAUCUGCAUUUACCAUACGCAAUACACAAGGCACAUACCUUUCAACAAAAAAAUAUCAACUCAACCACAUCACUUUACAAUGGCUAGCUCUACUGCUCUCGUAUUUGGUCCUCAGGCUUUGGGCUUCAAUGAGACUUCAUUUACAAGUCUUCGUGAGAAGCUAUUCGCCAACAACCUCCAGGCCUGGGCGCUGAAAGCAGCAUCUACGUUGCCCGAUACAUUGGCUGCUUUUCAAAGCCAAUCGCCCGACUCAGACUAUGGAUCAGCACACACUGCCUUGGAAGCGUUUCUUAAGGGCCUGAGAACUGGUGACAUUUCGUCCGCUAGCUUUCCGCUGCCAAACGCAGUCCUGUCACCAUUGGUCGUCAUAACACAGAUUGCAGACUAUGUUUCAUUCGUUAAAAACGGUGACAAGUCUCUCAGUGAUGACGAUCGUUUGCCUGCAUCCAUUAUUGACAAGGCUCAAGCCUUAGGUCUUUGUACUGGCAUAUUGGCUACUUUUGCCGUUGCCUCUGCCCAAACACUGCAAAGCUUAAAGCAAUACGCGACUGUCUCUGCUCAUCUCGCCAUGCUUACAGGCGCUUUGGUGGAUGCUGAAGAUGCAAAGUCGGGCAAUGCGUCUACUUCGCUCUCUGUUUCAUGGGCUUCGUCCAACGCUGACGAUUUGAAGACAAUUCUUGGUAACUAUAAAGAUGCAUACAUAUCCGUUCAUAUGGACGAAAGGAGAGCCACGGUCACAUGUCUCCAGACCCAAUCGCACAAGCUGCAGCAAGCGUUAAAAGACAGGGGCCUUCAAGUCUCCCCAGUCUCACUCAAUGGCCGCUUUCACUGGACUGGCCACGCUGAAGCUGCUGAAAAGCUAUUAGUCUUUGUAAACACCAACAAGAAUCUUCGCUACGCUGAGAUUAAGGAUCUGGUUCUUCCAGUUCGUGGCAACAAUAGCGGGUUGCUGCAGUCCGGAAAUCUUCAUGAGAUUGCUAUUCGCGCCAUCUUGUUAGAUAAGGCCCUUUGGUACGAGGCUACUGAAGCAACCUACACGGAAAGCCUUGAUGCGCCCAACGCUAGAGCAAUCUGCUUUGGCGAGGAGCGUGCUCUUCCACCCACUAUUGCUCGCAAAUUGGAGAACCGCGCAUCGCACGCAACAGAGUCCAUCUCAUCAUCACCAGCUUCUGGAUUGUCCAUUGCCAUGGCUGGUGGUACUGACGACCGUAUUGCCGUCAUUGGUAUGUCCUGCCACGUCCCCAACGCCGAAGACCUCGAAGAGUUCUGGCAGGUUCUGCUCAGUGGUGAAUCGCAGCAUCAAGAAGUCCCUACGGAGCGAUUCAGCAUGAAUUCUGUCUUCCGCGAGAUGGACCCCAAGCGCAAGUGGUACGGAAACUUUAUCCGUGAUCACGACGCGUUUGAUCACAAGUUCUUCAAAAAGAGCCCUCGCGAGAUGUCCUCUACUGACCCUCAGCACCGUAUUGCUCUGCAACUUGCGUAUCAAGCUGUUCAGCAGUCUGGAUACUAUGGCAAUGCCGAUACUGAUAAACAUAUUGGUGUCUACAUUGGUCAUGCCAAUACGGAUUAUGAGCACAAUGUUCGCAGCUACCCUGCUAACGCGUACUCAGCCACUGGCAACCUCAAGAGUCUGCUUGCUGGUAAAAUCAGCCACUACUUUGGAUGGACGGGCCCUAGCUUGACGCUAGAUACAGCUUGUUCGUCUUCCAGUGUGGCUAUCCAUCUUGCUUGUCGCGCCAUUCUCAACGGCGAGAUUGCUGGCGCGUUGGCAGGCGGUGUCAACAUCUUGACCAGCCCCGAAUGGUAUCAUAACCUUGCUGGCGCAGGCUUUCUCAGCAUGACUGGCCAAUGCAAGUCAUUUGACUCCAAGGGCGAUGGAUACUGCCGCGGUGAAGGAUCCGGACUUGUCUUUUUGAAGAAGCUCUCGGCUGCUGUUGCUGAUGGUGACCAGAUUCUUGGUGUCAUUGCUAGCACUGCCGUUCUCCAGAACCAGAACUGCACGCCCAUCACUGUGCCCAACUCUGUGUCGCUGGCUGAGCUUUUCGAGGGAGUCAUUCAAAAGUCUGGCUUGAAGCCUCACGAUAUCACCGUCGUUGAAGCCCACGGCACUGGCACUGCUGUUGGGGAUCCUGCAGAGUAUGGAGGCAUUCGCCAAGUUCUGGGUGGUCCUGGCCGCUCUGAUCGUCUCUCUCUGACAGCCGUCAAGGGCGCUAUUGGUCAUCUUGAAGUCGCUUCUGGUGCAGCAUCUCUCAUCAAGGUCCUUCUUAUGAUUCAUGAAGGAGCAGUCCCCCCUCAAGCCAGCUUCCAGUCCAUCAACCCCGAUCUUAACGCCAAGCACGAGGACAAUAUUGAUAUUCACACCUCGGUCAAGUCUUGGGAUGCGACUAUGCGCGCUGCUCUUAUUAACAACUACGGCGCAUCGGGAUCCAACGCGUCCAUGGUUGUUAGCCAGGGCCCCAAGACCACUCAUACCAGAGACAUCGAUGCGAUUCUGGCUGGAAAGAAGAUGCCCUUCUGGUUCAGUGGCAGUGAUGAUGCCAGCUUGAAGAGAUACGCAACAAAGCUCAAACGGUUUAUCCAGCGAAAGAUCAGUGCAGGCCAUGCUCCUAGUCUGGCCAAUUUGUCGUUUCAGGUUGCUAGACAAUCUAACCGCGGCCUUUCACAGUCCCUUAUUCUUCAAGCUUCGUCCAUUGACGAGCUACAGAGGCAAUUAGAUGCUGUUGCCAAUGGUAUCGGAGUCGCUUCUUUCAAAUCACCCGGUGCUAAGCCCGUGAUUAUGUGCUUUGGUGGACAGGUAUCAACCUUUGUUGGUCUCGAUAAGACUGUCUUUGAGAGCGUUGCCCUGCUGCGCCACCAUCUGUCCAACUGCGAUGCAGUCUUAACAUCUCUUGGUCUUGGCAGUAUUUACCCUCACAUCUUCCAGACAUCGCCACUUCAAGAUAUUGUCAAACUUCAGACAUCCCUCUUUGCUCUUCAGUACUCUUGCGCCAUGUCCUGGAUUGAGUCUGGAGUUCAGGUGGCCGCCGUGGUUGGCCACAGCUUUGGCGAGCUUACCAGCCUCUGCGUCUCUGGCAUCUUGUCACUAAAGGAUGCCAUUCAGUUAAUUGCCAAGCGCGCGUCCCUUGUUCAAACAUCGUGGGGUAGCGAAAGCGGUUCGAUGAUGGCUGUGGAAGGUGAUCUCGCUGUAGUCGAGAAUCUCGUCUCGACUGUGGCCAAGUCCACUUGCAAGGAUAUUUGCAUUGCUUGCUACAAUGGUCCUAGAAGCUUCACUCUUGCUGGGUCCUCUGAGGUUAUUCAUUUUGCUGAGCAGACUCUCAAGACCGAAAAGGCAUUUGAAGGAACCCGAGGCAAGGUGCUCAAUGUUACCAACGCUUUCCACUGCAGCCUUGUCGAUGCCAUCGCAGCCGAUCUCGUUGCGUUGAGCAAGACUCUUGUCUUCAAGUCGCCAACGAUCCAUCUUGAGCAUGCUUCCAAAGAAUCAGCACCCGCUCAUCUCCCAGAAGACUACAUUUACCAGCACCUUCGCAACCCGGUCGACUUCAACCAGGCAGUUGAGAGACUCUCCAAGAAGUACCCCGAUGCUGUCUUCUUGGAAGCUGGCUCCAACUCUACUAUCACCAACAUGGUUGGCAAGACAAUUGGCGCAGCGAAUGCUGACAAACUGUUCUCUGUCAGCAUCACUAGCGAAGCUGCCCACACAAACCUUGUCGAUGUCACAACCAAGCUAUGGCAAACCGGACUCCCAGUUACCUUCUGGGGUCAUCACAAGCUCCAAACACCCGAAUACAAGCCCUUGCUUCUACCACCAUACCAGUUCGAAAAGUCAAGACACUGGCUUGACAUCAAAGAAGUUCCUACUACUGUUGAGGCUCCCACUCCCGCUACAGCCCCAGCUGAGAUUGAAAAGGGUCUUAUCAACUUCUUUGGCGUCCUUGAUGAAGCAAAACGCGAAAUGAGAUUCAAGGUUAACACCUUAGCACCUGAAUUUGUGAAGCAGGUUGACUCGCAUAUCAUGGCAAAAACCAUCGGAGUCAUGCCUGGUAUGCUUCCUGUUGAGCUGGCAUUAGACGCAAUCUCCAGUAUCCGACCUGAGUUCCGUGACAGCAACUACCAACCAGAACUUCAAGGAAUGAUCUACUAUAGUCCUCUUGUCCCUCAACACUGCAGCGCUGUCUGGUUCGAUACACUGCCAACCGACGAGACAGGCAUGAGUUGGUCGUGGAAGUUCGUCAGCCAAGAUGGCAAAGGCACUCUUGUCAAGCAUAUGACUGGUACUAUUGUCUUUUACUCGCCCCAGAGUGCCAUGGUGCAAGGUGACUUUGCUCGUUUGUCUAGACUGGGUUCUUACAAGCGCUGCCAGCGGCUGCUGGGACCAGAUGGUGCUGAUGAUGUUGUUGUUGGCCGAAACAUUUAUCGAGCUUUUGAAAACGUUAUUGAUUACAAAGACAUCUUUAGACAUGUCACCAAGCUUGUUGGUAAAGACGGAGAAUCGGCAGCCCGCGUUACUCGCAGCCACGAUACAGAUGGAUGGCUGGAUUCCAUCUUAACUGAUUGCUUCUGCCAGGUUGCCGGUAUUUCUGUCAACCUCUUCUCCGACACUGGCGAUUUCGAGCAUCGUGGCAUCUACAUUGGUGAUCGUGUUGACCGCUGGAUCCGUGCCCCUGGACUACGAGUUGAUGCCGCCAAACCAACCGAGUGGGAUGUCCUCGCCAUGAGCCACCGUGAAUCUGAGAGUGCGUUUGUUAGCGAUGUCUUUGCUUUUGACGCGCGCAAUGGUACCCUGUACGAAGCUAUCUUGGGUAUCCGAUAUAGCAACGUUUCCAUGGCGGGCAUCUGCAAGACGCUCAACCGCGUCAUCGCUGAGAAUCCAGCUCAGGCUGGCUAUGCCGGUAUUUCAGAAGCGCGAGCAAUCCCCAAUAUGACAUUCAAUGCAACGCCACCAGCCCAUACUACGAAUGGACAUCACUUUGUAGCCUCUCAGCAUAUUACUUCCAACGGUACAAACGGAUUCCAUACCAAUGAAGCCCCUGCCAGCCCAUCACCCCCCUCAACUUCCGGGGCUGAUGACCCCCAUAUUCCAGCCAAGGCCAAGGAGAUUCUCGCUAAUCUGUCUGGUCUGGAGGUCAAUGAGAUCCAGAAUGAUUCCGAUCUUGUAGAAAUGGGCAUCGAUUCACUCAUGGCCAUGGAGCUCAUCCGCGAGGUCGACGCCGCUUUCAAAAUUACCCUUGAUACGGACCAGCUCAUGGGAUUGACUGACUUCCAGAGUUUCAUCACCUGUAUCGGCAAAGCCCUGGGAGUCGAUGUUGACGGUACAUCUACAUCCCAGGUCAAUGGUAGCAGCCCUCAGUUAAACGGCCAUACCAAUGGUACUGUUGAUAUCAACGGGAGUGGAAGCGCAACUAAUGGUCAUUCCAAUGGUCAUGUUAGCGGUGGCCUGCCCUCGGAGAUCGUCCAUAAUGUAUUCCGUGCCACCAAGGCGGCUACUGACGAUUUUAUUGUCAAGUACAAGAUGGCAGACUACUACACUAAGGUCCGCCCCGUGUCGACGAUGUUGUGUGCUGCAUACAUUGUUGAGGCCUUUGAGAAGCUCGGCUGCCCCAUCAAGGCUGCCAAACCUGGACAGGUGCUCGCCAAGGUCUCGCAUCUUCCUAAGCACGAGAAGUUUAUGAAGGAACUAUACAAGAUUAUCGGUCCCCAGGAAACUGGACUGGUUGAUCUUGUUGGCGACGAUAUCAUUCGCACGACUGUGUCUUGCCCUACUAAGUCAGCUGAUGCUUUACUAGAGGAUGCGCUCCGAGACGAGCCGGACCAUGCUCCAGAGUUUAAGCUCUCAGCACUUACUGGCUGCAAGCUUGCCGAGUGCUUGACCGGAAAAGAAGACGGACUCCAGAUUAUCUUUGGCUCUGCUGCUGGUCGUAAGACCGUCUCUGAUGUCUAUGCUGUCGCACCUCUCAACUAUACAUGGAUUGAGCAGGCAGCUUCAUUCCUCCGAGAACUACUCACCCGUCUUCGUGUCAACGGGGAGCCGAUUAAGAUUCUCGAGAUGGGAGCGGGUACUGGUGGAACUACCGCAACACUUGUCCCGAUGCUGGCUGCCCUUGGCGUGCCUAUUACAUAUACAUUUACCGACUUGUCUUCGUCGCUGGUUGCCGCGGCUCGCAAGCGCUUCAAACAGUACCCAUUUAUGCAGUUCCAGGUGGUCAACAUUGAAGCUGCCCCCGAAGCAAAGCUUCUUGAAAGCCAGCACAUCGUCCUCGCCAAUGCUUGCGUCCACGCUACACGUUCGCUGCCCAUCUCUCUUCGCAACAUCCGCCAGAUGCUGCGCUCUGAUGGUCUCCUCAUGCUUCUUGAAGAGACUGAGCAACUUCCUUGGGUUGACUUUGUGUUUGGUCUGCUUGAGGGCUGGUGGCUGUUUGAGGACGGUCGUGUCCAUGCCCAGGUGUCCGCUGAACACUGGGAAAAGGACCUCCGAGGUGCUGGUUUCGCUCAUGUUGACUAUACUGACGGUCAGCGGCGUGAGGCUCAGGUGCAGCGUGUCAUUUUUGGAUUCGCCUCCGAUAUAAGGUACGAUGGCAGCGCUGCUCAGACUGCGUAUCCAAUCACAUUGUCUCAUGCAGAGCUGACGAAUGCCACAGAUCGGAGACGAAUUAACGACGGAUUCAUCCUCAAAUACACCGCUGACUUUACGCUUGCUAGUUCAGAAGCAGCAUCGAUAACACGAAGCUCCACGGUUGCUAAGGAGAAAUGUUUGUUAGUCACUGGAGCCACGGGUAGUCUGGGAUCGCAUAUUGCAUCGUCGGCUCUCCAAAUUCCUGGAGUGACAAAGGUGGUUUGCAUGAACCGUCUUGGUACGGUAGACAUCACCACGAGACAACACGACGCCUUUAGGAUGCGCGGGAUAGACAUAGAUACCGAUGCAUUAGCCAAGCUCAAGAUUAUUGGUACCGACACAAGCAAGAUCCGUCUUGGUCUAUCCGUUGACGAUUAUCGCGAUCUGGUACAAUCAGUUACGCAUAUUAUCCACAACGCUUGGCCGAUGAGCUUAACACGCACGACUACGGCCUAUGAGCCACAGUUCCAGGUCAUGCGCACUCUUAUUGACUUUGCGCGAGACUGUGCUGCCACUAGACCGCCUUCAGAUCGCAUCAGUUUCGAGCUCAUUUCCUCCAUUGGAGCAGUUGGCUAUUAUCCCAUCUGGACUGGACAGUACUUGGCUCCAGAGCUUCCAACUACCGCCGAUACAGCCCUACCAGUCGGUUAUGCGGAUGCAAAGAUUGUGUGCGAAAGAAUGCUGGAAGAGACACUGCGACGCUAUCCAGACAGAUUCCGCGCUACUGGAGUGCGCAUUGCGCAAAUCAGUGGCUCACGAACCAACGGGUACUGGAAUCCGAUUGAACACUUUUCAUUCUUUGUCAAAUCAGCACAGCUUCUCAACAGUCUCCCGAACCUACCUGGCACGAUGUCUUGGUAUCCAGUCAAUGAUGUUGCCAACUCGCUGUUGGAUAUUCUCAUGUCAGAGGCAGAUCCUUAUGCGAUUUACCAAAUUGAGAACCCAAGUCGUCAGCCGUGGGCACCAACAAUUCGCAUUCUAGCUGAUGAGUUGAACAUCCCAACAGAAAACAUGAUCCCUUAUCAAGACUGGCUCGACAAAGUACAGAGCUGCGAUGCACCCAUCGCUGAUAACCCCGCCAAACAGCUCAUGUCCUUUUGGGAGACGCAUUUCCUACGCAUGUCGACCGGACCACUGAUUCUUGAUACAAAACAUAGUCGUGAGCAUUCAGAGACUAUGCGCAACAGCAAACCGAUUAGUGAAGAACUUAUUCGCAAAUACCUUCGUCGUUGGAAGGAUGCUGGCUUUCUGGCCAAGUAGUGCUUAAACAGUCAAUGGUGGUUAAACUUUCGGAAACAUGGACAGAAGAUUUUGGU